GAAAGUCUGGGGUAGAUAGAAGAGCCUCAACGCAACUCUAAUUGACCCAAGACCUACUUGCGAUCAAGCUUGCAAGAUACAAUCGACAUGGUGAAGGCCGACUAUUCCUGCCUGAUCAUCGGCUCAGGCUUCUCCGGCCUGGACAUGGCCAUCAAGCUCAAGACCCAGCUCCUUGAACACAACUUUGCCAUCAUUGAGAAGGAAAAGUCGGUCGGUGGCACUUGGCUUGUAAACCAGUAUCCCGGAGCUGGCUGCGAUGUACCUUCACACUUUUACUCUCUGAGUUAUGAGCCGAACCCAGACUGGUCGCAUGUUUACUCCUUCUCGGACGAGAUCAGUGCAUACGUUGACCGCGUCGCACGAAAGUACGAUAUUCAUAAACACUGCUUAUUCGAGACAGAAUGCGUUUCCGCCAUCUGGGACGAAAAGACGGAGCUGUGGAACGUCAAGGUACGCGACCUGAAGACUGGCACGGAGUCGACCAAGACUUCCACUGUCGUUGUUUCCGCUGUGGGUGUUCUGGGCGUCCCUGCAGACCCUCCUAUUCCUGGCAUUGAGCAAUUUGAAGGCAGAGUCAUGCACACUGCCAAGUGGGAUCGUCAUGUCGACUUGCACAACAAGAACGUCGUUGUUAUCGGAAAUGGAUGCUCAGCAACUCAAGCAACGCCCGUUAUUGCUAAAGAAGCCAAGCACUUGAAGCAAUUCAUUCGCAGCUCUCACUACUACCUCGAACAGCCACAGGCCAAGUACAGCAAGUUUGAGAAAUGGCUGUGCAGGAACAUGCCCCUGUACCAGCGCUUCUUCAGGUUCAUCAUCUACUUUUUCGCUGACAUUGACUUUCGACUCUUCUACACCCGACUGCUUGGAUUACGAAAUGCGCAGAAGAAGAUCGCAUUGAAGUACUUGCAUGAGACUGCACCUGAAAAGUACCACAAAGUCUUGACACCAGACUUUGAGUUGGGACAGAAGCGAAGAGUCUACGACACCAAUUACCUCAAGACACUUCACCGGGACAAUGUUGAAUUGACCAAUGUGCCACUCGAGAAAUUCACGCAAAAGGGCAUCCAAACGAUAGAUGGCCAGGAAACGCCAGCCGAUAUUGUUGUGCUUGCCAAUGGCUUCAAAACACAAGACUUCCUUGUACCCAUGAAGAUUGUCGGACAAGCCGGCGAGUCUCUCGAGGGCCGUUGGAAGAAGCAAGGCGGUGCUCGUGCCUACUUGGGUGCGGCUGUCGCUCGAUUCCCAAACUUCUUUUUGCUCGUUGGGCCUAACACGGUGCAAGGCCAUUUUUCUGUGGUCUUUACCAUCGAAUGCAAUGUCAAUUAUGUCAUUCAGCUCAUCCGUCCGAUUCUACGUGAGAAGCAGAUUGUAUCAGUCAAGGAGGAAGCAGAGGCCUCGUACAACCGAUGGAUCAAGGAAGAGUUGUCCAAGACGGUCUUUACCCAGCCAGGUGCAACAGGCUGGUACUCGAGCAAGGAAUCAGGGCAUAACCCAACGAUUUAUCCCUCGUACCAGACGCACUACUGGUGGCACACUCUCAAGCCAAAGUGGAAGGACUUUGAACUCGAGGCAAGAGCUUGACGUGGCUCGACACGAUCUGUUUAGGUGGAUAGUUUAUGAUGAGUUCUAUUCAUUGCAACGAUAAGUAC